AUGAAGACGUUGACAUGCGACAAUGGGGCCGUUAGCUCGGAAAGGAAGAGUUUUACGAGCAGCGGGGAGGGGGGCGUGUGUGCCGAACAGGACAUCGACUCGGCGGCUCAGCGCAGUGGAUUUUCUGAAGGCUGUGGCGCGGGCCGCAUGCCAACGCCGCGGCCGACCUCGCGCGACCCUAUUAAUACAAGAGGCGCCGUC